AUGGUGAAGAAUAAGUACCCGCCUCUGAGGAUCGAUGAUAUGUUUGAUCAGUUUUGUAGAGCUUUUAUGUUUUCCAAGAUAGAUCUCUAUUCUGGGUACCAUCAGCUUAAGGUUAAGGAGGUUGACGUCCACAAGGCUGCGUUUAAUACUCGUUAUGGGCACUACAAGUUCCUAAUCAUGCCUUUUGGUUUGACGAAUGCUUCGGCUACAUUCAUAGAUAUGAUGAACCGACUUGAAUCUGGUAAAGAGUUCGUGGUAUGCAAUGAUGCAUCUCAUGUCGGUUUGGGUUGUGUACUGAUGCAAGACGGUAAGCUUGUGGCUUAUGCGUCCUGGCAACUUAAGUCACAUGAGGACAACUAUCCAAUGCAUGAUCUCGAGUUAGCAGAUGUUGUCUUUGCCUUAAAGAUUUUGAGGCACUAUAUGUAUGGUCAGAGGCAGCGUAGAUGGAUUGAACUACUUAAGGAAAAUGAUUGCACUAUUGAGUAUCAACCCAAUAAGGCUAAUGUGGUGGCUGAUGCUCUUAGUCAUAGGGCAAUGUUUGAUUUGAGGGCGAUGUUUGCUCGCCUAAGUCUAUUUGAUGAUGGGGGCUUGUUAGCUGAGUUGCAAGUUAAGCCGACUUGA